GCUAUUUGAUGAACAAUCCAUUCGUGCAGCAGCCAAACUGAGCAUUAAGAGUAUUGGGUUUUGAUUCUUACAGUGUAUAAUUGCCAGUGGGUUGUGUUGUUCUGACUAUUUAUUUGGGUUAUUUAUUUUUUAUUUUUUAACUUUUGCCAUACUGGAAACUUGAAUUGUUUGUUUUAUAGUACUGCUUUGUUCUUUCGUUUACUCAAAUCUUUCUCUGCAGCCAAACUGAGCAUUAAGGGUAUUUGGUUGUGCAUAUGGGUUUUGAUUCUUAUAGUGUAUAAUUGCUAAUGGGUUUUCUCUUAUCGGCCGUGGGUUUGAGUCUAGAAAUUAGCCUGUCCAAAAAUAUUGAAGGUAAGACUGCCAACCAAUAACCUCUCCCCAGACGCUGCAAAAGUUGGAGUUUUGUGCAUUAGUUAUGAAUCCGGUACCAUUUCAGACUGUGCCACCACAGUGGUUUCCGAUGUUACCACCUAACCCGCCAACGUCAAGUGCUUUUUGGGAGUCUAAGAAUGUACAUGAACGGCUAAGAGAGCUACAAGAUACUCUUGAUCUUGCAAAAGCAAUGAAAAAAGAGCUAGAGAUCUUGAUGAUGAUUAAAGAUGGUAAAGAAUGUGUGCAAGAUGAGGAUUCUGGAACCAAUGCCAUUUUUAUUGAUAGGUUCAAAAAAAUUUUGAAAGAUAAGAGGAUUAGUUUGGAAUCCCAAGAGUCUCUCUCAGUGGAAGCUGUGAAUGCUUUGAUGUCAAAAUUAAGAGCCCAGCUUGAACCAUUCAGAGUGAUCGUGGAUGAAGCAACUCCUUGGGAGGAAAAGUCUGCAGUAGUUAGAUUGUCUAAUAAAAUACAGAAGAAUAAAAGAAAUAAACUUUGGAGAAAAAGAAAGAGGAAAAGAAUUGCAGAAAUGCUCACAAAGGAGCGUGAACAAUUUGAACAAGCUGAUAAAGAAGCUGAUGAAUGGAGGGCAAGGGAGAUUGCCAAGGAUAUUGCAAAGCGGAAGGUAGAGAAGAUGAAGGAAGUUGCGAAGCUUAAAGCAAAAGAGGAGAGAAAGAAGCUAGAAUCUGAGCUUGAGCAGGUAUUAAUUGUGGAGAAGUUGCAAGAGUUACGUUCCAUCAGGAUCCAAAAAUUGAAGAAACAAGGUCAUUUUCUCCCUGAAGAGGAUGACAAGUUUAUGGACAGAGUUCGGGCUGCCGUUGAAGAAGAAGAGCGCCAAGCAAUUGCUGCAGCUGACACAGAUGCUGCUAGGGAUGCCAUUGCAAGUGCGGAGGAGUCUAGGAAAACCCUCCUGAGUCAGGGACUUGACUCAAGAGAUCUAAGCAGCGAUAAAGACAGUAAUAUGGAAAGUGAAGACCAAAUAAUUGAGACUGAAAAUAAUAAAGGCUCUACUUCAGUCACUAUGAAGGAAUCUGAACCACAAGCAUUAGAGGGACAAGGAAUCAGUGGAGCUUAUGACUCUGUGGCAAAUCUACCGUUAGAGUUCUAUCAUUAUUAUCAUGGCAGUAACACUGAUAUGGGCACACUUAUUGAGGUGAGAAGAACAUGGGAUGCAUAUAUAAGACCAGGAGGAAGCCGCAUACCAGGGCAUUGGGUUCAGCCACCACCUCCAGCAGAUGAGACAUGGGCAUCCUACCUGGUGAGGUCUAAAUGACAACUUGACAGCAGAGUAUGUGGCAGUUUUUGCUGAAAAGAUGGUGGUAUGCUGCCAGUUUUAAUAACACUAGUCAUAAAUCCACCUACGUGGGAAAAUGUAAUAUAAUUAUUUUAUAAGAAUAUAAAGUAAAAUUUGUAGGUUAAAUGA